AUGGGCAAGAAACAGCACCUGGAUUGGACCUCAAGAUCCAUUUCAUCCCCUGCAAGUGAAAGAGUCUCGCUUUUGACUAAAGAGGCAAAGAGGAACGCAAAUGAAGACCAGUCACCCGAUGGUCCUGCAUCUGACCUUGAGCUCGGAGGUGGAGCAGAGGCUGCAAAUGUUGGAUUUUGUCGAGUUUUUGCACUGGCAAAACCUGAUGCAGGGAAGUUGAUAGUUGGCACCAUUGCACUGUUGAUAACCUCUACAUCUAGUCUUCUGAUCCCAAAAUAUGGUGGAAUGAUAAUUGAUAUUGUGUCAAGAGAUACAAAGACUCCUGAACAGCAAUCAGCAGCUUUGGAUGCUGUCAAGAACACCAUAUUAGCUAUUGUGUUGAUAGUUAUAGUUGGCUCUCUGUGCACUGCACUUCGAGCAUGGCUGUUUUCUUCUGCUAGUGAAAGGGUUGUAGCUCGUUUAAGAAAAGAUUUAUUCAGCCACCUUAUCAAUCAGGAAAUAGCCUUCUAUGAUGUCACUCGGACAGGGGAACUUCUCAGCAGACUGUCAGAGGACACCCAGAUCAUAAAAAAUGCUGCAACAACUAAUCUUUCUGAGGCACUCCGUAAUCUAACAACUGCCUUGAUUGUGUUGGCUUUGGCCAUAGUACCAGUCAUCUCAGUUGCUGUAAAAAAAUUUGGGCGCUAUCUUCGUGAACUUUCACAUGCAACUCAAGCUGCAGCUGCUGUGGCUGCCUCAAUAGCUGAGGAAUCUUUUGGGGCCAUUCGAACAGUUAGAUCUUUUGCUCAAGAAGAAUAUACAAUGUCACAUUAUUCAGAAAAAGUUGAUGAGGCACUGAAGCUGGGACUCAGACAAGCAAGGAUAGUUGGUCUAUUUUUUGGAGGAAUAAAUGCAGCAUCCACAUUAUCUGUUAUUGUAGUGGUAGUUUAUGGAGCAUACUUGACGAUAAUUGGCUGCAUGACCACAGGCUCUCUUACAUCCUUCAUUCUUUACAGCCUCACAGUUGGUUCCUCUGUAUCUUCUUUGUCAGGACUAUAUACAACUGCAAUGAAAGCUGCAGGGGCAAGUAGGAGAGUGUUUCAGCUCCUGGAUCGUGUCUCAAGCAUGCCAAAAUCUGGAGACAAGUGCCCUACAAGUGAUCCAGAUGGAGCUGUGGAAUUAAAUGAUGUCUGGUUCGCUUAUCCUUCUCGUCCUAGUCACAUGGUACUUAAGGGUAUAUCAUUGAAGCUGAGUCCAGGCUCAAAAGUUGCCCUUGUUGGUCCAAGUGGUGGUGGCAAGACAACGAUAGCAAACUUAAUUCAAAGGUUCUAUGACCCUCUCAAGGGAAGUAUAUUGUUAAAUGGGGUUCCAUUAGUGGAAAUAUCACACAAGUAUCUUCACGAAAAGGUCAGUAUAGUAAGCCAGGAGCCAGUUCUCUUCAACUGUUCUAUUGAAGAGAAUCUUGCCUAUGGAUUCAAUGGCAAAGCUAGUUCUUCUGAUAUAGAAAAUGUAGCUAAAAUGGCCAAUGCCCAUGAAUUUAUAGAUAGAUUUCCUGAAAAAUAUCAAACUGUUGUUGGUGAACGUGGGUUGAGGCUAUCAGGAGGCCAGAAACAAAGAGUGGCAAUUGCCAGAGCACUGUUGAUGAAUCCAAGAGUUUUGCUACUGGAUGAAGCCACAAGUGCACUGGAUGCUGAAAGUGAAUACCUUGUUCAGGAUGCCAUGGAUUCUCUGAUGCGGGGCAGGACUGUUCUUGUCAUAGCACACAGGCUUUCAACUGUCAAAAGUGCAGAUAUUGUUGCUGUUAUUUCUGACGGUCAGAUAGCAGAAAGCGGUACCCAUGAAGAACUUCUCAACAAGGAUGGUAUCUACACUGCACUAGUCAGGAGGCAACUACAAGAACCCAGAACUGAACUCUAG